AUUUCCAUUUAAAUAUGAAAAUAGGCACAUCUCACAGACUAUAAAACUAUACACCAUUUUUAUUUUUACAAUGUCAAUUCUAAUGCUAAUUUUAGCAAUGCUUCAGUGUAUAGACAGCAGAGAAAAACACUGAAAAUGCGUGAUUGAAUUAUUUUUGAGUCACUCUUCUCCGAAAUCGGUCCUCCUCAUUUUCUCCUUUAAAAAUAGAAUCCUGGAGACAGUCUAGUCCUGGCUUUUCGAGGAACACACAACGGGGGUCACCAGGAGAGGAACACAAAUACCGCAGUUUUCCAAGUGCAGCUUGCCCCAACCUCCCACGUGAUAGGUUUCUGGCAUCGCCCCUCCUUGCUGGCGAUUCUGGGGAAGGUUCUAACGCGCUCCGGGGCCGUCCCCAGUGACGUCACGGGCGCGGCUCCGCUCCUUGGCCAAUCACGCGGCCGGAUCCCGGGGAAACCCAGGGCGGCGGCGGCGGCCUGGGCGCGUGCGCGAGGCCUCCGCGUGGCUAUAUAAACAUGGCUGGCGUGGCAGCGCGACGGGGCCGUACUAAGCGCGCGUAGGGGGCUGUGGGCGCUCUGGGUUCGUAGUUUUGAAAUUUCUGGCGGGGGAGCCGCUCCGCAGUUAGGCUCGAGGUGCGAGCGACGACCUUUUGGGAGCCGCAAGUCCAGGCUCCCCCGCAGCGGGACCCCAGCCUGAGGCGCCGGGCUGAGGCGGCGCACGUGUGAGCGCCGCUGAGGAAGCUGCGAGAGGCCGGGCGGGUGUCGCUCCAGGGGCACUCCAGGCUAGCGCGGGCGGGUGGAAGGUCCUGGACGCGCGUGUCCUGUCGUGCAGCCGGCGCCCGUCACUGACUUCGCUGCCGCGGCCCCCGCGUCUCUCCCCAGCGAUGCUGUGGAGCCCGAACGUUACUGGAGUCGGCUACCGCGCGCCAAGCCUCCCGUCACCUCUGCUCCCGGAACCGCAGCGCCACAGCUGCCGCUGAGCCCCUGGGGGAUGCCCGCCGGCCUCACAGAUCCCGCCCGCGCCGCUCCCCCGGCUGCUGUGAGCGCCUCGGGGACCGUGACCAUGGCCCCGGCUGGGGCGCUGCCGGUGCGGGUGGAGAGCACUCCGGUGGCCCUGGGCGCCGUGACUCAGGCUCCUGUCAGCGUCUGCGUGGAGCCCACGGCGUCCCAGCCCCUGCGGUCGCCCGUGGGGACCCUGGUGACCAAAGUGGCUCCCCUCAGCGCCCCUCCUAAACUCAGCAGCGGCCCUAGGCUGCCUGCUCCUCAGAUAGUCGCCGUGAAAGCCCCCAACACCACAAUCCAGUUUCCUGCUAAUUUGCAGCUUCCUCCAGGAACCGUUUUGAUCAAAAGUAACAGUGGUCAGUUGAUGUUGGUAUCCCCUCAACAAGCUGUAACAAGAGCCGAGACCACAAGUAACAUAACUUCAAGGCCAGCAGUACCAGCAAAUCCUCAAACAGUCAAAAUCUGUACAGUGCCGAACUCUAGCUCACAAUUAAUCAAGAAAGUGGCAGUGGCACCUGUUAAAAAAUUGGCACAAAUAGGAACUACUGUGGUAACCACUGUUCCGAAGCCUUCCUCAGUACAAUCUGUGACUGUGCCAACCAGUGUUGUCACAGUAACCCCUGGAAAGCCAGUGAAUACUGUAACUACCCUGAAGCCUUCAAGUUUGGGAGCAUCAUCCACCCCCUCAAAUGAGCCCAAUCUUAAAGCAGAGAACUCAGCAGCUGUUCAGAUUAAUCAUUCUCCAACAAUGAUAGAAAAUGUGAAGAAAUGCAAGAACUUCCUUGCAAUGUUAAUAAAACUAGCAUGUGGUGGAUCACAGUCCCCAGAAAUGGGGCAAAAUGUGAAGAAGCUGGUGGAACAACUUUUGGAUGCAAAAAUUGAAGCGGAAGAAUUCACUAGGAAACUGUAUGUUGAACUCAAGUCUUCACCUCAGCCUCAUCUGGUUCCUUUUCUUAAGAAAAGUGUGGGUGCCUUACGACAACUUCUGCCUAACUCCCAGAGCUUCAUCCAGCAAUGUGUUCAGCAGACUUCUAGUGAGGUAGUCAUUGCUACCUGUACUACAACAGUAACAACUUCUCCUGUGGUGAAAACAACAGUGUCCUCAAGCCAGUCUGAAAAGUCCUUUAUUGUUUCUGGAGCAACAGCACCCAGAACUGUGUCAGUGCAAACUUUGAACCCGCUUGCUGGUCCAGGGGGAGCAAAAGCUGGAGUUGUGACACUUCAUUCUGUGGGCCCAGCUGCUGCAACAGGAGGAACUACAGCUGGAACUGUUUUGCUUCAGACUUCAAAACCACUUGUGACAUCUGUACCAAACACAGUGACAGCUGUCUCACUGCAACCUGAAAAACCAGUGGUCUCUGGAACAGCGGUAACACUGUCCCUUCCAGCAGUAACUUUUGGAGAAACUUCAGGUGCAGCCAUUUGUCUUCCAUCUGUGAAACCUAUUGUUACUUCUGCUGGGACCACAUCUGACAAGCCUGUUAUUGGCACUCCAAUUCAAAUCAAACUUACCCAGCCAGGCCCUGUCCUUUCACAACCAGCUGGGAUUCCACAGGCAGUUAAAGUCAAGCAACUAGUGGUUCAGCAGCCGUCAGGAGGCAAUGAAAAACAAGUGACCACACUUUCACAUUCCUCUGCAUUGACUGUUCAGCAAUCUGGACAGAAGGCGAUGCCAGUGAACACCGUAAUACCUACCAGUCAGUUUCCUCCAGCUUCCAUUCUAAAGCAAAUUACUCUGCCUGGAAAUAAAAUUCUGUCGCUUCAAGCAUCUCCUACUCAGAAAAAUAAAAUAAAAGAGAAUGGAACAACAUGCUUCAGAGAUGAAGAUGACAUCAAUGAUGUGACUUCUAUGGCAGGGGUCAGCCUUAAUGAAGAAAAUGCCUGCAUCUUAGCAACAAACUCUGAAUUGGUUGGCACACUUAUUCAGUCAUGUAAAGAUGAACCAUUUCUUUUUAUUGGAGCUCUACAAAAGAAAAUUUUAGACAUUGGUAAAAAGCAUGACAUUACAGAACUUAACUCUGAUGCUGUGAACUUGAUCUCCCAUGCAACACAGGAGCGAUUACGAGGCCUUCUAGAAAAACUGACUGCAAUUGCUCAGCAUCGAAUGACUACUUACAAGGCAAGUGAAAAUUAUAUCCUGUGUAGUGAUACCAGGUCACAGCUCAAAUUUCUUGAAAAGCUGGAUCAAUUGGAGAAGCAGAGAAAGGAUUUGGAAGAAAGAGAAAUGUUACUUAAGGCAGCCAAGAGUCGUUCUAAUAAAGAAGAUCCAGAACAGCUGAGAUUAAAGCAAAAAGCCAAAGAGUUACAGCAAUUGGAACUUGCACAGAUACAGCAUAGAGAUGCUAAUCUCACAGCUCUUGCAGCUAUUGGACCAAGGAAGAAGAGACCACUAGAAUCUGGAAGUGAGGUGAUUCUUCACUCUGAAAAGGGCUUAAAAGACAACCUUCUUGCUUCGGGGACAUCCAGCCUGACAGCCACCAAACAGUUGCUUCGUCCAAGAAUCACGAGAAUCUGCCUCAGGGACCUGAUAUUUUGUAUGGAACAGGAACGGGAGAUGAAGUAUUCUCGAGCUCUAUACCUGGCUCUUCUGAAGUGACCACUCCACUCUCCAUCCAGAUUCUUGCUAUUUACUGCCAAAGAAGACACAAAGAGCAUUGUUGCACUGUCCUGAAAUUUCAGUUUCUGGAAAAUAAUCACCAAUACAAAAGAGCAUUGUUUACAGUUAGAAAUUUUAUCAAGUCUUACCUAUCCAUCCCAUGGGCUCUUACAGACUAGAAUUUGUCUCUGUCUUCUGAAAAUCAGUUAUGAAAUACAUUUUGCACAGAAUUAGGCAUCUGCCUACCUGUGCAUUUAAUUACAGCAAGUUAAGACCCUGUUUGUUACCACCUGCCUCAUUUGCCAGAUUGUAACAGGUGAGGUGUCCUUCCCUAAUGCAGUGUGCAUUGAGAUGCUGGAGAAAGGAAGAGGCACUACAGGAAAACACAAGAAUGACGAUUUCAUUCUAUAUUGAACCUGUUCCAAAGUGGUAGGUGUUCUGGGCUGGAAUCAGAAGUUACUUAGCUAACUAUGACAGUCACCUUCUGUACAUGACAGGCCACAGAGUAGGGCUUGUGGUGACUUUGGUUGUCUGAGUCCCAGUGUUGUCAAAAUGAGACAAAUGGGGAAAAAUCGCUUGGGGUUGCUAAUUCAUGACAUGCUUCAUGUCACCAUGUGCUGUUUCUGAUACCAAGUGAGGGGACAUCCUUGUCAGGGAAACCUUAAAAUUGAAUCUACCGAUACAUCUUAUUGAAAAAAAUGGAGAAGGUGGAAAGUAUUGGAAGGAAUGAUAGGGCAUUGCAUUCGAACUGAUGAGUGGAAUGUGAAAAUGGUAUCCUAAAACAGGAAAUUUGCUUCAUACGCCUAAGAGGGGAAGGGGCAGAAUCGGAACUCCAAAACUACUAGUACGUGUUUCGUUGAUGAGAAAAAAAUCACAGCACAGCCAGAAAGGAGAAUGGGCCAGAUGUUUUCAAAUUACAGUAUUUCAAAAGGAAGAUGUUAUUUUUUGUUUUGUAUUCUCUUAAAUCCAAAGAAGGAUGGUUUUUGUAGUUCCUUCUGUCAUAAUACCUUUUAGUUAUCCUAAGUCUUAAGUACAUUGACACAUUUUAAAAAUCCUAAUUGGCCGGGCGUGGUGGCUCACGCCUGUAAUCCAAGCACUUUGGAGGCCAAGGCGGGUGGAUCACCUAAGGUCGGGAGUUCAAGACCAGCUUGACCAACAUGGUGAAACCCUGUCUUUAAAAAAAAAAAAAAAAAAAAAAUCCUAAUUAACAAUGAGAAAUUUUUUAACAAUAGGACUUUAUGUUGGAUUCUGUACUUAAAAGGUACUGUCAGUAUCUCACUCUUGGGGAUAUGAGCUCUAAAUAUGAAAAGCAAGUUAUAUGUGUUCACUUGAGGAAGAAGCUGACGGACAAAGCUACCCCUCUUUAAAAAAAAA